AUGCAUGACUUUCAGAUAACAGUUGAGUUUUUCUCAGACCAACAUGACGGACUCGUUGACAAGUGCUGUGGUGACUCUGAUGAGCAGAGGUGUUGUGACUAUCUGGAGUACACGGCAGAACGCAGACAGGCCAAUAUCAUUGGAAUCGUGGUUGGUGUCAUCGUAGGCUGCAUAGUGGUCGCAGCAAUCAUCUACAUCGUCAUUGUGCGACGUAGAAGAGCAGCUAGGCAAGGGGCGGUCAUCCAGAAACAGCAUACUGCCACGUACUCUCAGCCACCUCCAGUUGGUCAACCCUAUGGUCAUCAAGGCUAUGUUGAAGGGUCAAUCCCCCUGAAUUCUUACACUGACCAACCACAGCCCCCUGCGGGCCCCGGGGGUUUCAUGGGCACACCCUCGGGCCCGGGCUUUGGAGAAGGCAAUGGAAUAGCACAGGGACAGAACUAUGACUAUGCUGCUAACUCCCAGCCCGGCUACACUGCUUACCCACCACCAAACAAACCAGUGGGAUUUGAAGACAUGGGAAAAUCUGCACUGCCUGAGGGUGAGGUUUCUGGCCCCGCCCCCUUCCAGCCCUACAGCUACCCUGCCCCACCCCCUGGGGCCAGCUAUCCACCCCCACCCAUGGGGAUGGGCUAUGACCAGCAAGGUGUCAACCAGCAGUACCCCAAUGCUCCGCCCCCACCGUAUUCUGGGUAAUCCACUUCACGGAGCCUACCUGCAACAACCACCGUACUUGAAUUCCUUUACCACUCAGAUACGCACUUUGCUGACUAGAUUGAAGUUGUAACCCUUUACCACUCAGAUAUGCACUUUGUUGACUAGAUUGAAGUUGUAACCCUUUACCACUCAGAUAUGCACUUUGCUGACUAGAUUGAAGUUGUAACCCUUUACCACUCAGAUACACACUUUGCUGACUAGAUUGAAGUUGUAACCCUUUACCACUCAGAUACACACUUUGCUGACAAGAUUGAAGUUGUAACCCUUUACCACUCAGAUACGCACUUUGCUGACUAGAUUGAAGUUGUAACCCUUUACCACUCAGAUACGCACUUUGCUGACUAGAUUGAAGUUGUAACCCUUUACCACCCUUUUUGACUGGGUUGUAGUCCCUUAGAAAAUUAAAUUAAAUGAAAGACUUUUUUUAAUAGAUUCAAAUUUUAAGGUUUUUUUUUACCCUUAAAUACUGAUGAGCAGCAAACAGCAUAAAACCUGACCAGACUCCAAGUUACUCGCAGACUGUUCUGGUUUUAUGUUGGUUGCAAGAGCCAUUUUCACUUUGCUACUGAGUGGGAAAGAGACAAAGUCUUCAUAAAUGUUUCAACCCUAAGAUAUUGAUGAGAAGCAAACAGUAUAAAGCCUGAACUGUCUGCUGGUUGCAUAUAGACAUUUUUAACUCCUUCAGUGCUGGAACCGAAUUUUGAAGGCCUUUGCAAACAGUUUGGAUUCAGAUGAGACGCCACAGAACGUGGCGUCUCAUCAGGAUCCAAACUGUUUGCUAUUCUGAUAGUAUUCUUUGAAAAAAAUCAUAGAAAAUGCUAAUUUUAGAAAUUCAGCAGACAACAUUUUAGCAGACAACAAAUUUCCCAGCAUGCAAAGGGUUAAUGCACUUUUGAGUGGAAAGGGUUUAGGCAGUCAGAUUAUUUGGCAAUAUCAUAUGUACAAUGUCAAUCAAUCAGUGACAUUUCUGUGUCAUAAUUCCCUCCAAUCAAUAUUUUGGCUUUUUUUUUAUAUCAAAACAAUUUCUGGUAAUGGAACCUAGAUUUAUAGCCCGUUAUCUUUUGUCAUUUAUUACUUUUUUACUGGCAUUAAUAUUACUUUUUUACUGGCAAUUAAACCUGAAUUUAAAGGGAGAACAUGUGUUUUUGUUUUCAUGUUUUUGUCCCCUACUGGUUUUACCGGAGGGGACUUAUGGUUUGCGCUCUGUCUGUCAGUCAGUCAGUAAGUCAGUCAGUCAGUCAGUCAGUCACACUUUUCUGGAUCCUGCGAUAAUUUUUAAAAGUUCUUUUUUUUUUUCAUGAAACUUGAAACAUGGAUAGAUGGCAAUAUGGACAAUAUGCACGUCAUUUCAUUUUGUUCCUACGUCAAAAAUUCUGGUUGCUAUGGCAACAAAUAGACUAGAAUUACUGCUGAAAAUGGUGGUUUUGUGGAUCCUGCGAUAACUUUAAAAGUUAUUAAUAUUUUUUCAUGAAACUUGAAACAUGGAUAGAUGGCAAUAUGGACAUUAUGCACGUCAUUUCAUUUUGUUCAUACAUCAAAAAUUCUGGUUGCUAUGGCAACAACAAAAAUUCUAAAAAUGGUUGAAUUUCUGACAAUGGUAGAGCCAGUAGGGUACUAUAUUGCUUGGCAAUAGUCUUGUUUCAAAAUUUAUUGUGUAAGUGUUGUGAGCUUUUUUCUUGAGAAACAAUCUUUAUACAAAUGUAUUUCAUGAAUUUGUGUUUUUCACUUUUUCAAAUAAAUCAUUUUACAAUGUUUACAAUCAAGUAAAUUUUUGAAAAAUUAUAUUUGUACACAUUUAUUUUUUAUAUGUUUGAAAAUCAUGCUUGAAAAUAAGCAUUGCCAACAACAUGUUAUAUUGUUGUAUUUUGUGUAUGUAUUUCAACAAAAAUGUCUGCAAAACUGUAUCAUUCUAAGUGGUUUAAUAAUAAAACUGCGGUUAACAUUUUAUACAAAGCAAUUUUAUUUGUUGCUUCUAGUGAGUUCUUGUUUUCGAUUUUUUUUUUCAGGAUUUAAAUUUUUAUAAGAUUAAAAAUAUGAUAUUUAAAAAAAUCUAAAGCAGUUCAGGGAUAUAGCUAUUAUUGCACCUGUAUAACGGUGAGGCCGAAAAAUUGUCAUCAGUGCCUGGUCCUAUUUUCCUUCUAUAUUUUUGUAUUUUACAAAUAAUUUCUGUAUGAUAAUUUGCGAGCACAAUGAUGUAUUCACUCAUAUAAAUUUGCUUAUUACACCUUUUCUGUUGUUCAGAUGUCUUUUUUACGAUAUAUUAUAAGGAGUGUGUCUUCAACUCCUUUUCAACUACUCUUGCUUAAACUUUUGCAUUUAACUUACCUCAAUGUGUUUAUGAUGGUAUAGAAAGGAACUUUGACUGCGACCAGAUGUUUUGACCUCAAUGUGUUUAUGAUGGUAUAGAAAGGAACUUUGACUGCUACCAGUUUUUGACCUGAAUGUGUUUAUGAUGGUAAAGACAGGAACUUUCACUGCAACCAGACCUGAAUUAUGGCCCUUUGUCUACUGACGUGGCUUUGUCUGUUUCCUAACAUGUGUUAUUGGGCCAGCAGUCGUUGUGACCUAUAUCAAGUGAAACUGAAUUUUGUUUUCACUUAUGUAGCAAAAACAGGUACAUAGGUCUGCUUUAAAAAAAUGCUGUCAAUAUUUGUAUUAAUGAUUUCCUAUUUAAUGGCCUAAGUCUUAUAAUAUUGGUUAAAGAAAUAAAAAUGGCUGUUAUUUCUGUAUUUGAACCUUAUAAUAUGCCGAAUUACUAUUGGAUGUUUUCAUUAAAUUGCCAUGUGUACAUAAAAUCUCCACAUAAAUCUUUAUUUGGUAUAAAAAUAUUUUAAUCAAAUUUUGCCUUCAAAGUUAUUUGCCUUUUAAUUGGUCUAAUCACAUAAACACAUCUGUCAACCCACCGAUAUCACCUUCAAAGCAGCUUUUAGUUGUUGCAAAGACCUUGUUUCAAGAAGAUGAAUAUGAAAUGCUCAGUUUCACAUUUACUUCUUCAAUCGGAAAUAGCUUAAUUGGAGAAAAGUAUUUGCAUGUCAUAAUAUUUGCUUUCUUUACCUGGCAUAUUCAGAAACAUUACAGAUGUUUGACAAAUGCGUUUACAACAUGAAUUCCUGUGUUUUUGUAAAUAACAUGACGAACCUGUACUAAGUUUAUGCAUAAUAGUUAUAAAAGAACAACAAUGUUAUAUAUUUGGGGGUGUUCUGGCAAAACCUCUGAUCCACAUAAUCAGUGCUAACUUCUAUGUUAUCAUUAUUAAUGUUUUCAUGCAUUGUAUUCAAAUGUAAAAUCCUUACUUACAUAUAUCUGUUAUAUUGUUGUCAGUAUACCAUAGACAGUUGUAUAAGUUUGCAUAUUAUAUGUGUUAAUCUGUAUUUUUUGUAACAUUAAAAGUGAGUUCAAAAUCUUUUUACUUUCAUACAUGUAGCUCUGUUGAUAUUUUUCAUUGUUUGUAAUGUAGUACUUAAAAAUAUCUGUGAUGUUUGUGUGAACAAAUGAUGUGAACACAUGGUAUGUGUAUAACUUAUUUCAAAGGAACUCAAAAUCCAUAAUUUCAUUGUAUUUUGGUGUGGGGCAUUAUAUAUAUAUAUUAUAAUAUAAAGUUAUACUUUUUAUGCCCCCCUUCGAAGAAGAGGGGGUAUAUUGUUUUGCACAUGUCGGUUCGUCCGUAUGUCUGUCCCUCCACCAGAUGGUUUCUGGAUGAUUACGGAAGAACGCUUUGGCCUAGGAUCAUGAAACUUCAUAGGUACAUUGAUCAUGACUCGCAGAUGACCCCUUUUGAUUUUGAGGUCACUAGGUCAAAGAUCUAGGUCACGGUGACCUGAAAAAGUAAAAAUGGUUUCUGGAUGAUAACUCAAGAACGCUUAUGCCUAGGAUCAUGAAACUUCAUAAGUACAUUGAUCAUGACCUGCAGAUGACCCCUAUUGAUUUUCAGGUCACUAGGUCAAAGGUCAAGGUCACGGUGACCCGAAAUAGUAAAAUUGUUUCCGGAUUAUAACGCAAGAACGCUUAUGCCUAUGAUCAUGAAACUUCAUAGGUACAUUGAUCAUGACUGGCAGAUGACCCCUAUUGAUUUUGAGGUCACUAGGUCAAAGGUCAAGGCGACCCAAAAUAAUAAAAUGGUUUCUGGAUGAUAGCUAGCAGAUGACGGAUAUUGAUUUUCAGGUCACUAGGCCAAAGGUCAAGGCGACCUGAAACAGUAAAAUGGUUUUCGGAUGAUAACACAAGAACACUUAUGCCUAUGAUCAUGAAACUUCAUAGGUACAUUGAUCAUGACUCGAAGAUGACCCCUAUUGAUUUUGAGGUCACUAGGUCAAAGGUCAAGGUCAUGGUGACUCAACUUCGAAAAAUGGUUUGCAGAUGAUAACCCGAUAUAGUGAAAUGGUUUCUGGAUGAUAACUCAAGAACGCUAAUGCCUAGGAUCAUGAAACUUCAUGUCACUAGGUCAAGGUCACAGUGCCAAAAAACGUAUUCACACAAUGGCUGCCACUACAACUUACAGCCCAUAUGGGGGGCAUGCAUGUUUUACAAACAGCCCUUGUAUCAAAUUUACAUAGCUAUAGAUUGUUUAUAAUGUAUUUACAGUAUUUAUACCAUAUUUUAUUAAACGAGUUCAGGAAUGUUGUAAGUAAGCAAGCCUUUAGCGAGCUUACUAAAGAAUUUCCUGGAUGAGUUGAAUCAAAUAUGGUAUGAAAUGACGAGUGGCAGAUCUUUUUUAUCACAUGCUUUUUAAUAAGCAAAUUAAAUAAAUAUUUACCCAAACAUAAUGAUAAAUCCCGAAUGUUGUUUACAUUUCGUGACGUCGUUUGAUGUUGCAACGUCAAUUCAGCAAAAUAACAAAAUGCGAUUGGUCAAACGAAAAUAAGCCAAUGAAAACGCUUAAAAAGUAUAUAAUAUUACACAUGUCUAAGAUAAAAAUAUUACAUGGGGAAACAGGGUAUGGCAUGUGAUCGAAUUGCUUACUAUUUGUUGAUAUUAACACGCUUUUUAUGUGGAUUUAAUGUUUCAUGUCCCGUCCCAAUGGCGUCUGCUGCUGGUACAUUUUAUAAUGCUAUUUUUGGAGGUAUUGAACUAAAUGUAAGUAAUCGAAUAUCACUGUUUAGUGGCAUCUAAGGUGUUUUUACAUUUUUUCUGUUCAAUAAAAAUCAAUUGAUUGCAUAAAAACAACACAGUCAACAACUGAAUGGGUGGAAAUAAUUUACUUGGACCAAAAACAAAACAAAAAUGCCUAGAAAGUGUCAUGACACAAAAUCUUUCUUCAUUUAAAUGUUAAAAAGUAUGUGUACAUGUUUAUUAGUAAAUGAAUUUAACGUUUUUUAAUCAGAGCUUUUAGGAUUCACCCCCUUGUGAGUUUUUUACUGCUUUCUCAGAAAGUGUGUUGUUUAAUAUUUUAAAUGUAAUUAUCUAGUAGAUACUCCUGCAUUUCGUGGUAUUUGCUUAUUUUGUAAACAGGUACUCUAUUUAUUUAACAUACUUAUAAAGUCUAGUGCCCUUUAAGUAUUUUAUUGCUUCUAUUGUAAUAAUUUUGGUAUAUAAAAUUGUUCUGUCUGUUCAUGUGAAUUCAGUGUUAUACUUGUGUGUGCACUUUUUGUCCCCUUCCGGUUUUACCAGAGGGGACUUAUGGUUUGCGCUCCGUCUGUCAGUCAGUCUGUCUGUCACACUUUUCUGGAUCCUGCGAUAAUUUUAAAAGUUCUUCAUAUUUUUUAAUAAAACUUGAAACAUGGAUAGAUGGCAAUAUGGACAUUAUGCACGUCAUUUCAUUUUGUUCCGAUGUCAAAAAAGCUGGUUGCUAUGCAACAAAUUAAAAAAAUAAUCUGACAAUGGUGGAGCCGGAAGGGGACAUAUAUUGCUUGGCAAUAGUCUUGUUAAUACUGUAUUUCUGUAAUGCUAUAUGUGUACGUGUACAAUAUUUUUAAAUAAUACAUAUAUUAAACUCAA